CUGCUUAGUGCCGUUAUUUCUCCUCUAGUGUCCGAGAUGGAAUUGUGACGAAGACAGAGAUUGAUAGCCUGAUAGGAGACCUCCUCAUCUUCUACCUUCAUUUUGGUUUCUCUUUUCCUCUAUUAUCUCUGAAAAUCUGAUUCAGAAUCUAUCUGGGCCUUUCUUCCUGAUCGAUAUUAAAGGCGGUGAAAAGAGGGAGAGAGAGAUCUGAAAUGGCGACAUUUGCAGGAACAACUCAGAAAUGUAAGGCUUGUCAGAAGACGGUUUACUUGGUGGAUCAGCUCACUGCUGAUAACAAGGUCUAUCACAAGGCUUGUUUCCGAUGCCACCACUGCAAGGGUACCCUCAAGCUUAGUAACUAUUCCUCUUUUGAGGGCGUUUUGUAUUGUAAGCCUCAUUUUGACCAACUCUUUAAAAUGACGGGCAGUUUGGAUAAAAGCUUUGAAGGUGCUCCAAAAGUUUCAAGAACAGAUAAAUCGGUUGAUCAGGGUAAUGCCAACAAUAAAGUUUCAACUUUGUUUGCUGGAACUCAAGACAAAUGUGUUGCUUGCAAGAAAACAGUCUACCCAAUUGAGAAGGUUGCAGUGGAUGGCAGCUCAUACCACAAGGCUUGCUUCAAGUGCACACAUGGGGGCUGUGUGAUCAGCCCGUCUAACUAUGUUGCCCAUGAACACAGACUCUAUUGUAGGCACCACCAUUCUCAGCUCUUUAAGGAGAAGGGGAAUUUCAGCCAGCUUGACAAGAAUGAACACAGCAAAGGGAUGACUGAGAACACAGUGUCUGAGUGAUGCAUGGGAAUUAUGCAUAUUCUUCUCUUGGUGCAGUGGUCUAUGUCGUCUAUCGUAGACUCGAUGUACUGGUGUAAGACCACAUUUAAAGUUGGAUUGAUCAGCAUGAAUUGGAGGCAAUUAUUAAGUAUAUAACUAGGAUAUGGUCCUAGUUUUAUCUUUAUUAGGAGGUCUAUAUUCAAGAGAGGGAGGCUUCAGUUGUUGAUUCUUUUUGAUUGUGAGUGAGUUUGAAUGAAUUAAAGUUUAGGAGAAGCAGGUUCUAUUUAUAACAAUAAGUAGUAGUGCAAGGUCUUCCCUAGUUUGUGCCGGCCUUGGAAUAGGAUUUUUGUCAUAUCUAGUAGUGACUGGUUUGUUGUUGUAAACUUUGGAAUGCUUUCUCUUUCGAGUAAUAACCCUGCCUGUUUAUGUUUAUUUUC